CGAAGGCUUGAGGGCUAUCUUUCUCUUCAACUCUCUCUCUAAAACCUCAACUUUCUCUCUCUCCAACCAGUCAGCGAGCGAAGGCCGCUCCCUUAUGCUGUAGUCAGUCAUUGGGGCUUCUGGAUCCAGGUUUGUUAUUGAAUUCAUUAGCCCUUGCUAUCACCCCUAUUAAGAUUUUAAGUUGAUUCAAGUUUCUUUUUGGGCUAUUGUAUUGGAUUCCCUUGUGCGUUGGGUUUGGAUUUAGGGCUUGGUUCCUGUGAUUUUUCUUGGCUUCAUAUCGGCACCUGAAUUCGUCGAUGUAUGAAAACCCUAAAAGAGAUAAGUUAUCGUUAGAAAAGUAUACUUUGUGGGUUUGUGCAGUUCUUUUAUGCUUGAAAACCCUAAAAGAGAAGUUAUCGUUAGAGAAGUAAAUCCUUGGUGGGUUUGUGCAGUUCUUUAAGGGUUGGUUCCUGGCGAUACUUCCUUGGGUUCAUUCUAGCAGUUGAAUUCAUGAAUGUGAGAAAACCCUGGUGAUGUAUAUAAUUGUUGCGGCAGGUAUUCAUUUUUGGGUGAUGGUUCUUGUUUAGGGUUGGGGCCAUUUUCACACUGACAUUAGGGCUGUAGUGGCUGAUAUCUAGGUCAAGGGAUUUUUCUGCAACUUUCUACUGGUACACGGGUUGCUCUAUUUGUUACAGCUAAAACCAAGGAACCCUAAAGGAAAAAGGCGGGCCUGAGAUUUGGAUACGAAAAGUGUGGUUACUCUUUGCUAUUAUGUUCAGGUGCCGGUGUUUGUAUGGCGUCCACCUAUCUGGUAGCUUACAGUAGUAGCAGUAGUAAGCAUAAGGACUCAAAGGAUUUCUCUGGUGAUUCUUUGUUCAUGAUGGGUAAAAGUCAGAAAUUUUCGAGAAAGUACUCUACAAAUUUCAUCCCAGAUUACAGGAAUGCAGUUGAAACGACUGGUGAUUCUGAUGGGGCAGGGAUUCGUGGGACCCACAAUGCUGGUAACUCAGACAGUGGAGGCUUUGGCAGCUCUGGUCGCAUUGACUGUGCAAUGACUGCAUCAGAAGACUCAUGUGCUCCGAAGAGGAAAUCCAUAAGCCUAAACAUGGAGCGGUGCGAGGGAUUUAAUGUGCCAUUGCAGGUUCUUGCUGUGUCCAAAAUGUCUCGAUCUGAGCGAAAAGACGCGGUGCAAAGGCUUAAGAUGGAGCUUGAACAGGUCAGGGUUUAUCAGAAGAAGAUGAUUUCUAGGGUUUUGAAUGGUGUCACGGUGGUGUCUUCUUCGAGUGAUAUACGUACUUGCAGUGAUGGGCAGAGAAAGAGGGUUAGAGAGAAUGCAAAGAUUAGUUCAACGACCAGUAUGGAUGGCAGGGAGAAAACUGCACAGAAAGUGAAGCCAGAGGUGUCCUCAUCGACAAAGGAGAGGAAUCUGGGGGUACUUGGAAGCCGGCCUAUGAGACGUGGGGUGUCUGCUAAGUUCGGACCUUUGAAUGAAGUUGCCAAGUCUCAUGAUACAGAGGCGAAAUCAGGUGCCACAGUGAUGAAACAAUGUGAAUCAUUGCUAAAGCGUCUGAUGACACAUCAGUUUGGAUGGGUUUUCAAUAAUCCUGUUGAUGUUGUGAAGCUUAACAUCCCUGAUUAUUUCGAUGUUAUUAAACAUCCAAUGGAUUUGGGAACCAUCAAGGGUAAGCUGACAUCAGGGUCUUAUUCGAGUUCUAUAGGGUUUGCGGCAGAUGUGAGGCUUACUUUUGCGAAUGCCAUGACUUAUAACCCACGUGGCAAUGAUGUUCACUACAUGGCGGAUGCUUUGAGCAAGUUUUUUGAAACAAGAUGGAAAGUCAUCGAGAAGAAGAUUUUGGCAGAGGAUAAUACUGGGGCGUGCGUGAACCCUCAGAGAGCAGCUUCUUCAGUGCCUGCGAACUUGGGUUUUCGAGUACAUGGAGCUGAGAAACCGCCACCUUUGAAGCGAAGGAAGCCUUUGCUAGUCGACCAAAAGGUUAAGACAACAGAGAAUGAUGCAAUGGCAGUACGUAUAAUGACUGAUACAGAAAAACAGAACCUGAGUAGAGAUCUAGAAUCAUUACCUAUGGACAUGCCAGAGCAUAUUAUUGAUUUCUUGAGGACACAUAGCAACAAUAUGAACCAAAAUGGCGAAGACGAGAUUGAGGUUGAUAUUGAUUCUCUUAGUGACGAGACAUUGUUCACAUUACGGAAGCUUCUGGAUGAUUACCUUUGUGAGAAACAUGAUCAGCAGCAGAAGGCUGAGGCUCGUGAAGUAGAAAUUUUGAAUGAGUCUGGCCUGAGCAAUUCGUCAAUGCCACUUUGCAAAGGCAAUGAUCCUGUUGAUGAGGAUGUUGAUAUUGGUGGGAAUGAUCCACCUGUCUCUAGCUAUCCGCCUGUAGAGAUAGAGAAGGAUGCAGCCCCACGUGGUAGCAAAUGCAGCAGUUCAAGCACCUCGAGCAGUGAUUCGGGGUCUUCAUCUAGUGAUUCGGACUCGGGAAGUUCUUCUGGAAGUGAAUCAGAUGGGGCUAAAAUCUCCUCUCCUGGAAGAGCUGCUAAGGGAGCACAGCAUGGCCAGACUGAAAAAGAUGAUGCAGAAACAAAUGAUGGAAACCGAUCCGUGAGUGAGUUAGAUGAACUUGAACAAAUUACCAAUAGAAAGCCAGCUUCGGUAGAAUCAGAUGGCCGUCGUGAGGGGGAGAAUGCUCCAUCUGAGAGACAGGUCUCCCCAGAAAAACUUUUGCGGGCAGCCUUGUUAAGGAGCCGCUUUGCGGACACUAUCCUUAAAGCUCGGGAGAAGACCCGUGAUCAGGAAAAGGGGGAUCCUGAGAAACUUCGUCGUGAGCGAGAGGAACUAGAAAGGCAGCAGAGGGAAGAGAGGGCACGGUUGCAAGCAGAAGCCAAAGCUGCACAAGAGGCUCGUAAACAUGCAGAGGCAGAAGCCGAGGCUGAGGCUAAAAGAAAACGGCAACUUGAGAGAGAGGCUGCACGCUUGGCCUUACAGAAGAUGGAAAAAACUGUUGAAAUCGAUGAAAGUUGCCAGUUCUUGAAAGACCUGGAAAUGUUGAGGAGUGCUCCCCCAGAGCAUAUACCAAGCUCGGUUGACGAGACUAGCCCUGAUCACUCACAAGACGGCUUGGGCUCGUUUAAGCUUCGUGGCAUGAACCCCCUUGAGCGACUUGGCCUUUACAUGAAAGUGGAUGAUGACGAGGAAGAAGAAGCCCCCCCUCCCAUUCCUAUGCCUGCACCUACAGAUGUAGAGGAAGGGGAAAUAGACUGACCUGACUGUUUACUGUCUGACGUCAGUCAAGAGCUUCCAUUCCAUUACAUUCAAGAUGGAAAUCAUUUUUUGGAGAAUUAGUGAGAGAAAACCACCGUAAACCACCAUAAAUGGAGCUGCUGGAAGGGAAUAGCCACUCUUGUUUGCUUGGUCUCAUGCUCUCCUCCAAGCCUUCUUUGUCAGUAGGGCUUCGGGUUGAGGCAAUCAUCUCUCUCAUCUGGAUGAGAAACAAGUCACAAUGGUGUGGAACAGUGGUUAUGGUCUUGAUGUAGGCUGUAUGAUAUUAAUUUGGACAAUGAAGUCAAAGUUCAAAAAAAAGAAAAAAAACAAAAGGGAAGAUGGGUGGGCAUGUGAUGGUGGUUCGUUUGGGGGGCACGGGCGGUUGGUGGUGGUGGUCUGUUGUUUGAGGUCAUGUGGAUGGGGUUUUUGUCAAAGAUACUCAAAAGGUGGUGCACCCCUCUCCCACUAAGUUGUAAAGUAUAGACAAAUUCUUAUCAAACAUAGAAAUGCAUUCCUUUCAUUCUUGAGGUGGACAUGGGCUGGGGCUUGGCAUCUACAUGUACAUGAAUUUUGAGUUAUUUUAACCUAUUGGAGUGGUUCUUUCGAAUGUUUUCGCACCUUUACCGGUCGCUAUAAUUAUGUUGAUCAGUGGCAUUUUUUGAUUGGUAAUGUGACUUCCAUUAUCUAUUUCGAAAGGGAAUGUAUAUUACGAGACUAUUUUAUCAUUUUACAAGAUGUCAAAUUGGAAGGUGGGGUGUGCUAGAAA